GGCUCCAGCGGUCCAUCUGGAAUGGACUCUAAUGCUUGGCGUCUUUGUUCUUUUGGUUGUCAGUCGGCUGAGCUAUGCAACUCCCUAGCUAGCCUUGCAAAAAGACUCUGCACAGAAUUCAUUGACCCUCCUGUCUUACAGGCGUUUGUUGCAUGUAGACUAAUACCACUCAAUAAAUGUCCUGGCUUAAGGCCAAUUGGGAUUGGUGAAACAUUUAGAAGAAUAAUUUCGAAAUCUAUUGCAGCAGUAGUGAAGGACGACAUCUGCCAAUGUGCUGGUUCAUUGCAAGUUUGUGCAGGGCAAGAAGGUGGCUCUGAAGCUGCAAUUCAUGCCAUGAGAUCAAUAUUCCACGCUGAUGAGUCUGACUGUGUGUUGCUUGUGGACGCAAAAAAUGCAUUCAACACACUCAAUCGUAAUGCGACCUUGCAUAAUUCUAGGUUAAUAUGUCCUGCUCUCUCAACAAUACUGAUUAACACCUACAGAGUGGCAAUUACCAUGUACGUUAUCGGCGGAGAGAUAAUACAAUCAGUGGAAGGAACAACUCAAGGAGACCCAUUGGCUAUGGCAAUGCAUGCCAUCGGAACUGUUCCUCUGAUCUCUAGCCUUGCGGGAAUUUGUAAACAAGUAUGGUUUGCAGACGAUGCGACUGGAGCAGGUACCAUAAAUGAAGUUUGGAAAUGGUGGGACAAGCUGACUGAAGUAGAAGGGGAUUUUGGUUAUCAAACCAAUGCGACCAAGUCAUGGUUAAUCGUAAAACCUGAGGCAAAGAAACAAGCUGAAGUGGUCUUUGCAAAUUCCGGUGUUCGUAUAACAACUACAGGAAAGCGACAUCUGGGUGCUGCCUUGGGUGAUGACUGCUUGGUCGAGGAGUAUAUACGAGGAAAGGUAGAUGAAUGGGCUAAGCAAGUGUUGAACUUGACAUUAAUUGCAAAAACGCAACCACACGCUGCUUACUCAGCAUUUACACAUGGUUUGAUAGGGAGAUGGAACUUCCUGCUGCGUACAGUCAAAGAGAUUUCACAUCUACUGGCUCCAUUGGAGAAGGUCGUCCGUCAACAAUUCAUUACUGCUCUCACAGGUCAAACUGCUAUCAGCGACGAAAUGAGAAGCCUUCUAGCUUUACCUUGUAGACUUGGUGGUCUAAAUAUUAUUGACCCUACACAAAUGGCUGAUUGGCAUUAUCAAACUUCAGAACGAAUUACCGCCCCUCUUGCAGCUGAGAUUGUAAAUCAAUAACCUUCCUACUCUGUAGACAAGAAAGAAAUUCAAAAAACAAAAAUGGCAUCAAAGUCAGAGAAAGAAGCAGCCCAUAAAUCAACCUUGAACAAGUUGAAAAGUGACGCAUCUCCCUCGCUAAGAAGAACCAUAGAACUGGCAGGAGAAAAGGAAGCAUCGAGCUGGUUAACUGUCUUGCCGAUCCAAAAUCACGGAUUCAUCUACCAAAGUGUGAAUUUAGAGAUGCCAUUUGUUUAAGAUAUGGGUUGUCAGUGAAGGGCGUUCCCUCAAAGUGCUCAUGCGGGUCAACAUUCAAUGUUGACCAUGCUAUGAUAUGUCCCAAAGGAGGAUUUCCAACUAUCAGGCAUAACGAAGUGAGGGACAUCACUGCAGAUUUGAUUAGUGAAGUAUGCUCGGAUGUGGCCAUCGAACCGAGGCUAAACCCCUCUCAGGUGAAUGCCUACACAAUCGUACUGCCAACAGGGACGAAGAGGCACGGCUGGAUGUUUCGGCAAGAGGUGUAUGUCGUCGUGGUGAACGCGCAUUUUUCGAUAUUAGGGUGUUUUACGCCAACGCGCAAAGUUACCAGGAGAUGACCUUACCGCAAAUCUUUCGGAACCAUGAACUUGAGAAGCAGAGAGCCUAUGGCGAGAGAGUCAGAGAGGUUGAAGGAAGUAGCUUCACUCCAUUGGUGUUGUCGUCAACUGGAGGCAUGGGAAGAGAAGCAAACACUUUCUACAAACGGCUAGCCAGCCUGAUCUCAGACAAACAGGACACUUCCUAAAGUCAAACAAUGGCACUAAUACGAUGCAGACUGAGUUUUUCUCUACUACGAUCUGCAAUUCUUUGUGUUAGAGGGACGAGGUCAUCGAAGCGCCAUCCAGUACAUCUUGACUGUGUUGACAGCAUCGUCAGUGAGACUCGCCUCACUGUCUAAGAACUCUUUUAGAACUAGUAUAUUGCAUUAUUGGUACAAACUAUUGGAUUGUAUUCGAUGUUGACUGUUAGACAACUAGCCUGUAAUA